AGAGCUCCGAGCCAAUUCCAUUCACGUCUGCCGGUGCAUUGCUUACCACCCAUUGAUUGCUGGGUUUAUAUGAUUUGAGAAUUUUUCUCUCUUUUUCUUUUUCAGUUGAUACCGCCAUUGCUAGGGCUAGUCCCUGUGUCUUGUCUGUCUUUUAAUAACCCGCAAUCAUGGUGAACCUUUUUAAGCGGAUGCGGAAGAUGAGGACUCUCCUCGACGUCCGCGUCGGCCUCGGCGCCGCAAUCUUCCCCUCCCCCCCAACCGCCACGAAAGAAUUCCCAGCCAUCACCCGGCUACACCUCACAUACGCCCGCAAAAUCUACGGCGGCCACCAAGGCGCACGACAUUUCUGGCGCAACUGCCUCCCGCGCCUCAAGUACCACAACCCCGGUGUGCCGAUGAGCGUGAAGCAGACAGACGAGCAAGACGGACCCGCCGCGUUGACGAUCUACUUCGCCGAGGAAGCGAGCAAGGCGGCUGCGUUGAACCAUGCGGCGGCGAUCAAGGACACCCAUGCGCCUGUGGCGGGGGCGGCGGAGAAAACGGCCGUCGUGGACUUGAAGAACCUCGAGUAUAAGGAUAUUUGGAAUAAGGUGAAGAUUAUGACGGGAGCGCAGGAGGUGGCUGCUGCGGCGGAGGAGACGGAGGAGUUGAAGAAGUUGGAGCAGAUGCGUGUGAAGUCCGAGCAGGACCGAGCGCGGGUUGCUGGAAUCCGACAGGCGAGGAAGGAUCAAGAGCGGAUGUUGCAAGAGGCGAGGGGUGAGGUUGAGAAGUUGAAGUCGAGUUAAGAUGCCUUGAGGUGGUGUUUUUGAUACGGGUACAUACCUACUGUCUUGCCU